AUGGAGAGAUCAAGAGUUACUUUUGCUGUGCUUAUAUAUAUUUUACUGUUCAGACAUAGAGAAGUCUAUGGAGCAGAGAUCGAGCUGAAGGUCAGACCAGGAGACAACAUCACUCUCAUCUGUGACCGUCCUUUAACUCGUGGUUCCAUCAUUGUAUGGAUAAGAAACUGCUCUCAUGAACAUCAAUCCUCUCUCAUAAUAGAUCAUCAGAAAACUUACCACGAAACAUUUAGACGUUUCAGUUUUCCUAAAAGCACCAACAUUAAUUCAUUUGAUGUACAUAUUACUAACAUUAAAGUCUCUGAUCUGGGACUGUACUACUGUGCUGAAUACGAGAAAAAGAUAGAUAAAGAUGAAAAAGGAAUUACAUACUCUGAUGUGUACUAUUAUGGAUACCAAACAACACGUCUCUCUCUUGAUGUAACUGCCUGUUCUGGACCCUCCAGCACUGUCUCUCCUCCUUUAUCAGAUUGUUUUCUCUGCUGGACGUUGCUCUUCAGCGUGUGUCCUGUGUGUGUUCUCUUCUCCUCCAUCUGUGUGUACUGCCUCUGUCAGAAGAAAACUACAGGUGGUGGAACUGAUCACAGAGAAAAUGUAAAAACUAGAAAUAUUCCCGAGGGUGAUGAUGAUGAUGAGGUGUGUUAUGCUUCCUUGGAUGUGACAACCAGAAGACCAAAGCGACUCAAGAAGAAGCAACCGCAGAGUUCUGACUUUAGUACAUAUGCUCCGGUCAGAACGGACACGGUACAGAACUUCUGAUAAGAACGCAGGUGCCUUUUUCAUUAAAACCUUUUGACUGAAACAACUAAUUUCAUAUCUAAGAUUGUAAAGAAAAAGUAUUUCCUUUUGUAUAUACAGUAUAAUAUAUUAUUUGCUUUAGAGGCAUUGCUAUGUAAGGGCAAA